AUGAAUAUGAUUUCUGUACAAAAAACUUUAAAAGCUACAAAACUACCAAUAAUAGAACUCGCACAAGAAUUCGGCUGCCAGGCCAAUGAAAUUGAACGUAUAGUUAUACAUCAACAUACCGACUGGGAAAAUAAAUGUUCAACUGUCGAAUUUUGGUUGGAGGUUCAUAAAUACAAAGACUCGGCGGAUAAUAAUCCAUUUUCGGAGUUAGCUUCUUUGGCCAUAUCUAUUCUUUCUUUGCCACACUCGAAUGCUGAGAUAGAACGAGUAUUCAGCCAAAUGAAUAUUGUAAAAACAAAAUUAAGAAAUCGUAUGUCACUACAUACUCUGAACUCGAUCCUACACAUCAGAAAUGGCCUUAAAAGACCAGGAAAAUGUUGGCAUUCCUAUAACGCUCCCGAACAUGUUUUAAAACAGAUUAGAGGGAUUAAAGAGUCGCUUGUGAUGCCAAUGACUAUUGCUUUUGAAGAUGGCCCUUCAACAUCACAAGCACAAGUACACGACGAAGCUGAUAUUGAUGAUCUACAAAUAUUAUUUGAUUUAUCUUGA